AUGGGUAAAUAUUCCAAGUGCGUGCGUACCAAAACAAACUUACAGUCAACGUCAUUACUUAUUUACGUUGUAAUCGUCUUUGAUUUCCACAAGUUUAACCUCGAACUAGAAGAUUCAGACAUAUACAGAGAGGACAUUAAAUACUGGCGCAUGACCGCUGUGUCAACUCAGAGCCCGCCACAACCGAUGACGAUCCAGUUUUAUUUGGACAUUACAGACUUGGCUCAGGACCAAAUCCUUGUUCUGGCCGAUGAAUUUUAUGGAAGGCAUCGUGUUACUGUGGAAGAGAUCGAUGAGGAUGGUAGAGGGAGGAGAAAGGACAGGAUCAUGUUGGAGAGUUGGACGCUGACUUUGAGUCAGCCAACACCCGAUUCACAAGCAGAAUUACCCAUAGUAUACAAAAAAUCCAUAACCUUCUUUCGUUCACUGUACGCAUAUGUGAGAUUACUUCCAAUGUACGGAUUAUUCAAAAGAUUGUCGAUGAAACUGACACAGUCUAUGAAGAUUGGGCAUCGGUUUGUAUUGCCAAAUGCAAAUACCAGAGAUGACGGAGAGAGGGUGGUGAGGAGUGAAAAAGGAAUUGGGAAAGAUGUUCCAAUAAUAGACAAGAUGACCGGUACAGUGGCUUCCGAAUAUCAAUUUACUCCAAUUGAAACCCCGUUAGGUGUGUUUUCGCUUGAAGUGAUCUAUCGCAACAACUGCGACUUUUACAUCGACGAUGAUUCGGAAGCUUCACCGUCGUAUCUCUCAACGUCAGAAUCUCCUCGUGGCAUGGAUCCAAUGUUUGGCGCACCGCUAGUGAGAACACGUAGUUCAUCAGCUUUGAGUCAAGAAACAGAGACAAGUCCGCAUCCGGCCUUUGUAAGAAGUGCGCAUCAUCAAAGACAGCCGAGCUACGGUUACGGAAGCGGGGCCUCGGGUUUAUCGCCCAAGACUAGCGAUGCAAGGAGGCUAUCGCAAGUUGAGGGUAGCCAGAUUAAGUAUGGGUAUCGAGAAUCCCUACAUCCACAGGGCUCUCCGACAGCCUCAAAUCGCCCAACUGUAACCAUGAUCAAACCGUUCAAAGCUUUAUCCCUCUCCUCAUCACCAACGUCACAUCCCGAUAACUUGCCUUCCCCCACGAACUCUGAUAAAGGUAUAUCCUCUUCACCACUCUAUCGCUCUCCGUCUCAAGUGUCGUUAGGCCCGCGAUACUCGUCGUCGCCAUCCUCUGGCCGACCCUUGUCAAUAAUUAGUAACUCGGGAGCUCUGUCUUCGUCGGUGAAAUCAACGUCAUCGGGCGGUGGGAGUCCGAGUGGAAAUACGCUAAGGUUCUCGUCUAGUUUCAAGAGUCGGUAUGAAAGGACAGGAAAUGCAUCUGGGAGCAGAGACAAGGAUGGAACCGUUGGUGGGAGAAGACCGUCGAGAUCCAGUUUAUAUACGAAUCGAAGCGAUGAUACUAUUAGUGAACGGGGAUCAUUUUCUUCGUCAUAUUGGCCGUUUCAAGAAGAAGACGAUCUCGGAGAUUUUGUGAAAAUGAUAGAAACUAGGGGACCUCUCAAGAUGUUUAGUAAAAGUCCUACAAAAUCCGACGACUCAAUCAAAGAAGCCCACAACAAUCUUUCCGACAUUUUGUCAUCAAACACACUUCCGACUUCAUCCACACAACUUCAUCCGCCAAACGACGGUGCACUCCUUCUGGGCUCUGGUGGAUCUUCCGUGUCCUCUUCGCUCUCAUCUGUAAACCGGUCGACAAGCCUUCACGAGAAAUACAAUAACUCUUGA